AUGUAUCGAUCGCGUAAAGGCGAUUUUUUACCAAAAUGUAAUUUUAUCUUGACUUUACUUCAAGAUCAUUUAUUUUGCACGAAACGAUAUGAAAUGUUGUGCGUAUCAACGAAAGUACAUUCACACGACGGAAUAGUGAAACCAUAUAAUUGCUGCGACCUAUCUCUGUGGAAACCUUCGAGUGAAAUCAUGGCAACAAAAGGUAAAGGCAAAAGAAAAGGAUCUUCCAGCGACAAUAAGAACAAUGGUAAAUCUGGCAAGGGAAAUAAUGGAAAGAAAGGUAAAGGUGCAAGAAGAACAAAAAAAAGUGGUGGAAGAAUGAAAUUUACUAUGGAUAUAUUCAAUGAAGAAGCCAUGGAGAAUGCUUAUUAUACGUGUCACAAUAUCAUGGAUGUUUUAAAAUGUCGAGGAUUCCCUUGGCCAGAAGCACAAAAGAAAAAGAGGAAGAAGGGAAGAAAGUGAGAAUGGCUUU